AUGAUUGACGGUAGAGGGUUCAGGAAAGCUUGCCGAGAUGUUCGCGAGUUUGCCGACAAGAUUAUCGAUCGCAAUAUUUUUUUUCUGCUCGCACGUCAUCCGAACGUGAUGAAGAAGCUGCGCGAGGAAAUCCUCUCGACCUGUGGCACAGAUUCGGAACUUAGCCGCGAUAGCUUGAGACGAUUGCCAUACCUGCAAAACGUGCUCAAAGAAGUCCUGCGACUAUACCCAUCCGUGCCUGUUAAUAUCCUCCUCAUACCAAAAGGGAGCGCGGUAGCUUUCAGUGUGUAUGCUAUGCACCGCCGACCCGACCUUUAUGGAGUGGAUGCAGAGCUGUUCCGACCAGAGAGAUGGGAUGAAGAGAUGCCUCUGCAGCAGCAAGAUCCGACAAACGCCAAGUGGGGGUAUCUUCCUUUCCAUGGUGGACCGCGGACCUGUCUAGGGACUGUCGAGCUGGUUGGAGUGGAGAAGCAGGUCAUGACACUCGUCAUAUCGAUCAAAGACGGCUGCAAUGUUGAGAUCGGUCAGUAG